UCUCAUUGGUCGGCUCUUUUAUACCGAUGAAAAGCGGUUUAGUAGUCGUUCAAGGUUUACAAUAGCAAGCCCUAGAGAUUUAACCAGAUGCCCUUACGCAGCUAACAGCUAAGUUAUAACCAUUUCACCCAUAAAAAAGACUGUGGUUGUUCAAGCUGAGCAGGUGCAGCUGCAGGGGGAGACAGAGGACAAGGAGGUUUAGAAGUUGUCUUUGGGGAACCAACAGGAGCCUGGCCGUAUCGAUACACUGACUUAGCUGCAGGAAGAAGCCGGACCAGGCAUCUGCACGGGAGACAACAGAGGACCUCGCACAGCAAGCAAAGAGCGUCAUUGAAAACCUGCAGACAACGAUUACUUCACUGGAGGAAACCAUAACCAAAUUCACAUCUGAUAGCGAGUCGGCAGACACUGAACCUGUAUACCUUGCGACCCAGCGAAAUCCCGCGGUAGCACAGAAUCAGGAGCGGGACAUUCAGGCCUUAUUGGACAAGCUGCACCAGGAGAGAGACAGUCUGAGUAGGCUUGUGCAGAAGCUCAGCCUCACAGAGAGAGAUCGGAUCCUGCACGCCGGUCUGGAGGGCGGGGGGAGGCGUGGCUCUCGUCUCGGCAACUCCUUGCGCGUCGUGGACGAGGAGGGGGGCUGUGACGGACGGGAAGCAGAGAGCUCGAGGAGGAUGCUGAGGGCCCGGCGCUCCUGUAGCCCCAGUCGGAGGCCUCCGCAGAGCCGCAGCCCCACGCGGCACUCCCCCGUCAAGGGAGGCAGUUCUGACUCGGAGCUGAUCAGGGUCCUGAGGGAGCGAGACGAGAUGCAGAACAUGUUGGAGAAGUACGAGCGCCACCUGUCUGAGAUCCAGGCCAACGUCAAAGUACUGACUGCCGACAGGGACAAGACCCGGGUGCGCUAUGAGCAGGCCCAGGAGGAGAUUACGUCGCUGCGUCGCGAGGUACUGAAGUCCAGAACGUCGCGCGCGGCGAAGAGCAGUGUCACUGUGUCGGCUCAGAGCGUCCUGAAGCGCGUGGAGGCAGAGAGAGACCAGGCCACGGGCGACCUCCACCGUAUGAGCACUGAGAGGGACAGUCUGAGAGAGAGGCUCAAGAUUUCCCAAGAGACAGCCAUCAGUGAGAGGGCCCAUCUUGAGCAAAGGGCCGACGACCUGCAGGCAGCCAUUCUCACACUGGAGCAGGAAAGGGGAGAUCACCGGAGCCAUCUGGCCGUAAUGAGAGAGACCGCGAUGGGGCUUGAGGAGGAGAUCCACACCCUGGGAAGGAAGCUGACCUCUGCUGAGGAGGAACUCAGCAGGACUAGGAAUGAGUGUGGGACUCUGAGACUGUCUAACAGUGAGAUACAGAACGCUUUGAGUGACACCCAGCGCCGACUGACCUCCCGCAUCGGAGAGCUGCAGAACUACCAGGAGAGGAACAAACUACUGGAUGAGAAAAACGACUGUUUACUGAGGCAGGUGUCAGAUCUGAGACGGGAGGUGGAAGGUCUGGAGUCCACUGUCACUGACCUGACCCAGAGCAGGGACUCCCUGGACGACCAGUUGGAGAAGAAGGCUGACCUCCUCGGCUUUGCCCACAACCAACUGGAUGACAAAGAGAAAACCAUCAGAAAUCUCAGGCUGACCAUUGAGGAGCUGGAAACAUCAGCUGAGAGUGCCCGUGGGGCGCUGAUGGGACGGGAGCGCGAGCUGGAGGCAUUGAGGAGGCGCUUGGAUGAAACAGAGGAGGAGCUUGGGGCCAUGGUGAAGGUGAAGGACGCCACCCUGAAGGAGAACGCUCAGCUCCGAGAGGAACUGGACAAGAUCCGCCUUGACAACCAGGCCUUGGAGCUGAAGUCUGAUGACUCCGCUCAGGAGGUCCAGGAGCUACAGAGGAAAGUACAGAACUACGCGGCCGACGUCUCUCGCAUUGAGAACCUGCUUUCCACCAAGGAACGGGAGUGCAGGGAUCACCAGGAAGCUCACUGGCAUGUGUCUGCCCAAGCGGAGAGCUGGCAGGGGAUAGUCAGCGAGCUGAGGUUUGAGCUAAUGACCUCCGACACAGAGAGAUGUCAAUUCCAGGAGAAGGUGGAAUCUCUGGAGGCCAGACUACAGGAGGUGCUGUGUGCAGAGCGGAGCUCCAUCAGCCAGGUGUCCCAGCUCAACAGCAGUCUGCUCCACACUGAGGAGGAGCUUAGAAAGGCCCAGGGGGAGCGCACUGCAGCCCAGACCGACCUGGACAGGACCCGGGAACUCUGUGUUAAACUGGACGCCAGGAAGGAGGCUCUGAAGCGCGAGCUGGAUACCUACCGCUCCGAGGUGGAGCUUCUCCGGAAGCAGCUGUCCAGCGAGCGUCUGAGCACGAAGAGCCUGGAGUCCACGCUGGUGUCCAGGGAAAAGGAGCUCCACAGAGAGCGGAACUCCCAGGAGAGACGGACGGAGAUGGCAUUGCUCAGGGACCAGCUGAGCGCGGCAGACAGCAAGGCGAGCUCUCAGAGUAGAGAGCUGGCUACUCUGAGGACCCGUGCAGCGCAUCUAGAGGCUGACCUAGACAUGACCAAGAGACAGCUCUCCACCGAGCGAUUUGAGAGGUCUGGAGAGGGCAGUGCAGGAGCUGCGUCGCCAGGGCCUCUCGUGCUCCACCUCCGGCAUGCGUUCCUCUUCUCCUCACCUCCGACACUCUCUCAGCCCCAGCAGACCCCUGUGGUCCACCCCAGAGCCCCUCACCCGAGACAGAUCCCCUGAGCGGACUCUGGGCUUCAGGGACCUCUACUGAACAGAUCUCAGGAAUAAAGAAAACCCUUCUCUAGUCCUCACUGAGAGGGUGUUAUUGGAGCUUGGAGGGCCCUGAGUUCAGAACAAUUCCAUGAAUGGAUAUCCUAGACUGUUUAUAGUUUGCACAAUUAUUCUCUCAAAUUGAUUGUUGAAAUAUAAAGGUUUUCAAAUGAAAUGACAUCACUCCAUUAAGUGGUGUGCACUGUUCUGGACUGGACCUCCAGUUGUUUGAGAAAUAUUUAAUUUUUUUGUAUUUGAUUCAAGUAAAACAACUUGAGAUGGGACAUUUUGUAAUCUACUUUGUAAUGUUUUCCAUUUCAGGUAAAGUUUCUGAGAGAAGUGUGUUAGAAAUAAUUUUAAUCUUGGUUUGCUUAUGAAACUCUCGCCCUGGGCUACUUUAUAUCAGGAAUCAUCAGUAGGCGGUUCAUGUAGCUUAUAUACGAAUGACUGGGCGUAGAUGGACAGAAGCACUAAAUUGAUGCUAUAAACUGUACAGAUGACAGGUACAGUUAACCCAACAUGACACAGUAUUUGCAGUCCGCCUACAGGACAUUAUCAAAGAUAAUAUUAUAUUGUGAGACACAGGGCGCUAUCUAUUUGACUAUAUAAUAUUAAUGGGGUUAUCUCAUCAGUCAAAAUAAGAGAAGCUUCCAUUGUUUUUUGUCUAGCUUAAUGUUAUGACUUCUGAGAUGAUCUGGUUCAUUGGGUAUGGAAAUACAACUCCUCGUAACAGAAGAAAAAAUGACAAUAACGAGAGAAAAAACACUAAAAACCACCUUUACUUCAAAAACUGUAAAACCCUGAAAAUAACAAGAGGACAGAGUGAAAGAGAGAGUGAGAG